CUACUUUUUGGCGCAUGCAGAUGUGACACGACCCCCGUGCGUUGCGCACGAAACCAGGAAGGAAAAUAAUGGUUUAGGCCCAGGGUAGUCUACACUGUCCCGGCGUUGCGUGGCAGCCAAGGCUGGCCCGUUAGUUUGUGCAACUCUCACUGUCUUGCCCUUGCAGCGGUUGUAACCGCUCGCGCCUCACUCUUAACUUCCGCUCAGAGCGACAGGAGAAGGAGCAAGACAUGUUCUAGACUACACGCUCCCGUCUGCAGCAGCACGUCACACAAUGGCAGAGCGAACCGUCAAGUGCGUGGUGGUAGGCGACGGGAUGGUGGGAAAGACAUGUCUGCUCAUCAGCUACACCACAGACACCUUCCCCGAGGACUACGUUCCCACAGUGUUCGACAACUACUCAGAAACUCUGAAUGUCGACGGGCAGACAGUGAAUCUCCAGCUCUGGGACACGGCAGGGCGAGACUACGACCGGCUACGUCCCCUUGCCUAUCCUAACACGGAUGUUUUCAUUCUGUGCUUUUCCCUCACGAGUGAGACAAGCCUGAGAAACAUCAAAGCAAAGUGGUACCCGGAGAUCAGAGAGCACUGCCCGCAGAUUCCCAUCGUCCUCGUGGGCACCAAGCUGGACCUGCGCAAUAACAAGGAGACGAUUCGCCAGAUGCGUGCGGACAAGAAGAACCCCGUGUCCCACAGUCAAGGGAGCGAACUGGCGAAGCAGAUCAAGGCCAAGCACUACAUGGAGUGCUCCGCGAAAACGCAGGAGAACGUGAAAGACGUGUUCUUGGAGACCGUGCGCGUUGCCAUUAACCCAGAGAACGGACCGAAGAAUAAAGAGCACAAGUGUGUCAUUCUCUGACUGCCCUGACUUUUAAUGUUCAUCACUUAGUGGUUCCUGUCAGGUAGCUGGACUUCAGAGCAACUAGCUGGAGAUGUGGCUGACGAUUUGCAGAGGGUCAGGACAAGCCAGCUGGGUGGAUGGGCUGUUAGUAUCCAUUUGGGGAUGUAGGGGAAUGACAGAAUUACAUAAACUUUUGGUUUUGUUUUUUUUUUGCCUUUAUCAAACUAUAGGUCUUAAAGUGGUUUGUCUAACUCCCAAACCCCCUAAAAAACUUGUGCAGUCUUUAGGGAAUUAUCCUUCAAUGCUUGGGAUAUAAGUAGCCUGCAUAUUUACAAAUCUUGGGAAUGACUUUUAUUAUUUUGUGGGGUGGGUCUGACUUAUAUAGAAACAAAUUAGAGAUGAUAUAGAAAGCCUUCCACUUUUAACUUAAUGAAAUAAAAAGUAUAUGCAGCUGUUUGAAGACAUUUGCCAGUGCUAAAAAUGACUGAAACCUCGACAAGCUCAAUGUGCUCACAUGUUCGUGCAUGGGUAUUGUGUGUGUGUGUGAGAGAGAGAGAGCGAGCGGACGAACACUUGGACAUGCGCGAAUGUAUGAACAAUCAAGUCUGUAUUAUUUGUAACUCGUUUCACCUGGUCUGAAAACUUACACCAAGUCAUCCAUCUUCGUGCUACUAAUUAAUAGUACAAACCCCACCGGCACUAUCCCAUACAUCUUGCCAUUAUUUAUGCUUUAUCCAACGCUUGCCUUGGGGAACAAAACCGUGAAGCAUUUUUCUGUUCUGUGCAGCCACAUUAAAACUGUACGCCAUUGUAUUUCAAGGUAGCUGUUUCUUCAGGACAUCCAUGCACGUGAAUUGUUUCUGUAUGUGUGUGUGCAAUAGAGAGAAUGACAGUGAUCGUCUUUUUAUGAGACUUUUUAAAAUUUCAUACAAGAUCUCUCUGGAGCAGGACUUUGUUGUGUGCUGUGUUUUGAAUAUGCAUGGCGUAUGCCAAGGUGAACGUCCUGUAGAUAUUUUCGUUAAAUGUGUUGGUCACUUGGUUGAUGAACAAAAAACUGAUGCCAUUGACCUUUCGUGUCAAGUUUGCAGGUUCGCUUGCUUUUCUUCUGUCUGUUCCACUACCAUUACAAAGAUUUUGCUUUGUCUUUAUUAUUUUUGUUCCGCAUAAUGAAGCGUGUCUGAUUCAGCUUCGCUGCUAAUCUACUCUAUGAUUAGAAGGGUCUGGGAAAGGUGUGGGAAGCGAUGCAAGUGUCGGUUGGGCAUUUCAGGGGUUAAACAUGGGUGGAGAAAAUACUUUUACACCAAACUAAGUAUCUAUUUGCUAACGUUUCCUUCUAAGUGUCUGUCGCGUCUGCGUUGCUAAGUAUCUGUUGUGUCAGUUUGGAUAAGUGCCUGUUGCUUGAAGGUGGUUGAGCGUUGCGUCAGCGUAGCCAAGUGUCUCUUGUGUCAACGUGGCAAAGUGUUGCGCCAGUACGUCUCUUCGACUGUUGAUUGUGGUAGGUUGGCUCUUCAAGUGCCUGUUGAGUCCCAUGGCUUUGGAAACAUUUGCUAUACAACCAUUAAGUGCCUUUUGUUUCUGUUUCCCAGCCUAGAAAAAGUUUGUCUGUUUGGUUAUAUAUUUACAUUGUUUUUGUAACGUUUGUAAACUUUUAAUGAAAUAAGCACAGGAGAGCAUGAGAUCGACAAAAGAGUGCUACUAUAAUUGUAGAUAGGACCUCGUUGUGGUGUCGAAGACAAACCCAAGUGUCAAAUUAUUUAAAAAUCCAGGUAUUCAGUUCGUCGCAAUUCUCGCCUCGUUUGGCAUAGAGGCCAAAGUCUCAUUGCCCGCCACUUCACAAAGAUAUGCUCACUGGUUGGACAGUGGCUUAUUAGCAUAUGCUCGAAACUCUUUCAUUGGAUGCAUCCUUCGGCGAGUUUUGUAGUUUAAAUUUAAGUCAACGUGUGCUUUAAAACGAAAUAAUUGCUGCGCAUUUUGUAGCAAGCCAAUGAUACCAUUAUACUAUGUUAAGCCAUGGACGUGUAUAGGUGGACUGCUGACUGUCUGCCGAGACCAACGCUUAGCCUCUUGCGACGUUCUCAAUGUUAGUCUCGGCGAGCCUAAACAAUGAAUGUGAAUAAACAGGAAGCUUUGUAUACAACAUCCUCGUUCUAGUCGUUAACUAGGAAAAAAAUCGUAUGCAAGCAGUCCAGUAAUACGUUUGUGGUUAAUUAAGCUGCACCCUUCUUUGAGCUUUAUAUUUAACUUGGGCUAGCAUUUGAAAUGACUGCAGCUGCUCUGGAUUUGAGAUUUUUUUUACGAUCAAAAGUCCCAUAGUUCUACUUAUACGCUGUUUUAUAUAACCACAGCAGCAAGAAGUUAAAUAAUCGAAACAGCCAUGGCUAAGCACUGUUACAAUUAACCUCCAUCCACAAGGGAAUUUUUGCCAGAAUGUUUGGAUGUCGGUCGAGUCCUUGAAAUACGAAGUACGUACGCUAUACAUUAACUGUAACGGGCACAGUGAUGUCUGCAUUAGCUCCUUUAUGCACCAAAAAUUAUACAUUCCACUAAGAGGUCUACGCCAGAUAUGUCUACUUUUACCUGAUUUUCGUAUAUUGGCGUUGAUAUGUGUCACAUUAACAAAUAUUUUUAAAUAAAUUUUUAAGCAUAAAAAAAAUAGAAAGAUUUAAAAAAAAUGAUUGUCGAGAUUUGUCACAAUAUUCGUUAUUACAAAUAAAACACAAGUUGGAAUUCAAUGAUAUAUAUAAAAACUAGUUUGCAAAUUAAAAUAUUCAUAGAGAAUAAAAUAGACUUUCAAGUCUUUACGUGUCCGGUGUUAUUCAUCUUGUUUUCGAGAACGCAGCGUCGUUUUGAGAACAUCUUGUUUUUUCUGACCCUAGUCUGCGUGGAGUUCCGACACACUCGAAUGAAUUUAUCUUUAUAUACUUUUCAAGUUUGCAAGUUGCCUGUACACGGUUGGUAGAAUGUUAUUGAAUGAAGGUUUUUCAGGUUGUUCGAGGUGGCUUUUGCACUGUGAGUCAAUUCCUCUGUGAUUUCUGUUUUGUCCUUUCACUGUCUGACAGGUUGAUUAGUACGGAGCCUUUCAAUUUAAGGUAUUGUUUUGAAUUUGUUUAGACAUUUACAUGUUUCCUAGAUUCCCGAACUUCUUACUGUUGAUUUUUAGAUCAAUGAAUAUUUUAACUGGCUAAAGCAUGACGGAGUAGAUAUGUUUGUUGUCCUGUUUGUUAUGGUCUUUUUUGUUUCAUUCAUUGGAAGAUGGACAAUAAGAAAAUGAUAAUUUAUUUUGAGGUUGCUUUUUCAGGUAUUUUUGUCAUUAUGAUUUCUUACACUGUUAAAAGAAGUCAAUGCUUUGUAUUAACAAGUCAGAUUAAAAAGACUUACCAUAGA